AUGUGUGUUUUGAUGUCUUCAGUCAAAGCCCUUCUCGUGACCGCAAAUGUCGGCUCUCUCUUCGCCGCCGCCGAAGACAACUCGGAACCGCUUCUCCUCUCGUGGAUCGCGCGCUUCAAAGACACUCUUCUCUCUCUUCGGCCGCAAUUCGUUGCCCUUCACUGUCAGGAAGUCGGCGGAAAAUCGGAAGUCGAGUCCCGCCGAACGCCGCCUUUCGUUCGCGCGCUUCUGAACGCGUUUUCGGAGCAAGACUUCCCGUCGGCGCGCCUUUUCGUCGACCAGUUGUUGUCGCGCGACGACGCCUUCACAGCGUUGGCCAACGCGUACUUCGUGCACAAGAGUCUCGCGGAAAACGCUUUCAUUUUCAACUUCAAAGAACAACGCUUUGAGUCCGUCGGCGGCCGCGAAGUGCACUCCGGAGACAUCGAAGACAACGCAUUCAAAGACAAACGCAAAUUCCCGCAACACUUCUUCCCGCAAUGCCAGUGGUCUCGCAAGGGUUUCAUGCGGACGCGAUGGCGGCUUCGGGAGGGCGUCGCCUUCGACCUCAUUAACGUUCACCUGUAAUGCCUUUCCUCCGCCACACACCUGUCCUCUCACUCCCGCUCUCUUUCUCUCUCUGUCCGCAGUUUCCACGACGCCGACAACGUGGUGGCCACCUCCGGCUUCCCCUCCCCCUACGCGCGCAACCGCCGCCUCGCCCUCGAUUGGCUCCUCCAACACGUGACCUCUGAGACGCCGCACUUCCUGUUCGGAGACUUCAACUUCCGUUUGGACACCGAUUCUCUCAUUCGGACUUUGACGCAAACUUCGGACGACUCGCAGAGACCUCUAGUCUUCAGAGAUGGCGAACAAAGAGUUCUUCUUCUCGUCGACGAAAAGCGCUUCGAAUUCAAAGACAAACACCUCUUCGCGCGCGAACCCAAUCCCUUCCUCCUGGCGUUCGACAAAGAAGUGCUGGCGUUCGGCGACCGCCUUUUCGAGCACGAGAUCCGUUUCGCGCCCUCCUAUCCCUUCCAAGACGUCCACUACGCGACCACCCGAUGCCCCGCCUUCUGUGACCGCGUCCUGCUCUCGCAGUCCGCGCGCCCGCUCGUCGCCCGCCCGCAAUACGCUCUCAUAGGAAGCGCGCAUCCAAUGGGCGAUCACAAGGCAUUCACACUCUCUCUCCCAUACACUCUCCCAUUCACUCUCUCUCUCUCCCGCAGCCCGUGUUCCUCGCCUUCGAUCUCAUGUCCGCGCCGUCAGACACUUCCGACGACUCGCGUCGCGCGCAUUACGUACAGCCGUGGGUCGGCGCCCGUCCGCUGGCCCUCUGUCUCGAGACCGACGUCUGAAGUGUUUUAUUCAAUAAAAGCCCAUUUCGUGAC